AACAAUAAGCACUAAAUACACCGACCGACCAAGACCUUAAUUAAACCGGAUCUGGAGCGAGAACCGUUUUCUUGGUUCACCAAUAUCUCAGAACUCAUCACCCACUCCGGCGGUGAUUCCAUCAAUUUUCCGGCAAUCGGAGUAAUAUCGUCGCCAGAAUAAGCACCUCACACCUAUCAACAACUCAUUUGUUUCUUCUUCUUCUUCUAUGGCCUGUUCCUUUGCUUUUCCGAUCAAAAAUCAUUAUAGAAAAUUCAUAAAUUCCUAAGAGUUGAAGAGAAAAAUCGAUAAGAUGUCUUCUCUUAUCUCGUCGACGUCUCUCUCUUCCAACGACUGCGGUUCAAUCUCUUUCCAUUCUCAGCUCAACCCGUUUCCGUUUCUCGGUCUUUCCCUCUCUUCAAGGCCUCACACCUCUCAGCCACCAAACCCCCCGUUGAUUCAAAACGGGCUCCGUCAAAUCCGAGAAAGAAUGGAGUCCGUGAAGAACACGCAAAAAAUCACCGAAGCAAUGAAGCUGGUGGCUGCGGCCAAGGUACGGAGAGCUCAAGAAGCCGUAAUCAACGGCCGCCCCUUCGCCCAAUCCCUCGUGGAGAUGCUGUAUAGCAUCAAUGAGCAGUGCCAAUUGGAUGACGUGGAGGUCCCGUUAACGGCCGUUAGGCCCGUCAGGAGAGUUGCCCUAAUCGUCGUCACCGGCGAAAGAGGGCUUUGCGGGAGUUUCAACAAUGCGAUAUUGAGGAAGGCUGAGCUGCGGAUUGCGGAAUUAAGGAAUCGCGGAUUGGAUUGCACAUUAAUCAGCGUUGGGAAAAAGGGCAAUGCCUAUUUUAGAAGGAGGGAUAAUGUGAAAGUGGAUAGGUUUGUUGAGGGGGACAGCUUCCCCACAACUAAAGAAGCUCAAGUGAUUGCUGAUUACGUGUUUUCAUUGUUUCUGUGUGAGGAAGUUGAUAAAGUGGAGCUUUUGUAUACCAAAUUCGUUUCGUUGAUAAAGUCUGAUCCGGUUGUGCAUACUCUGCUUCCUCUAUCCGGGGAGGGGGAAGCUCAGGAUGUGAAUGGGAGGAGUGUCGAUGCAGGGGAUGACGAGUUCUUUAGACUGACUACGAAGGGAGGGAAGUUGGCUGUCGAGAGGGAUAAUGUGACAGUGAAGAAGAAGGCAAUGCUGCCUAAUUAUCAGUUCGAGCAGGAUCCUGCGCAGAUUCUUGAUGCGCUGAUGCCUCUGUAUUUGAAUAGCCAGAUCUUGAGGGCGUUGCAGGAGUCGUUUGCUAGCGAACUGGCUUCUAGGAUGAAUGCAAUGAGUAGUGCAACUGAUAACGCGGUGGAGUUGAGGAAGUCCCUUUCAAUGAGUUAUAAUCGCGAGAGGCAGGCGAAGAUCACUGGCGACAUAUUGGAGAUUAUUGCAGGAGCCGAGUUCCUUAGGAAUUCAGACUAAUUUGAUGGCUAAUGUGAUCACAGAAACAACGAUUGAUACAAUAGCGGAGCUACUGGCUGUGUGAAGUUAAAGGAAUGUCUUGAAGAUGGAAAGAUGGCUAAGAUGAUAAUUCUACAAGUGAUUUCACAGAUACAUUGCACAAAACAUGUAGGUAAGUGGGUAAUUCAACAUUUAUUCAUACUCUUUUCACAGCUUUUUGCUAUCUGAUGUUCGUAAUAGUAUGACUAAGAACUUAUGAAUGUGUCUGCAUGUAUAGGCAUAAAUUCUUGUGCACACGCUUGUAUUAGUAUGUCUUUAUUCCAUGAUUUAUUUUCUGUCCUUGGACAUUUAUAGACGGUUUCGAUGCGGUCUAAACGGGCUGGAUGAUGGUGUUUUAUGAAAGAAACCUUAUCGAAACUGAGGGAUAUCCUGGCUAUCUGCUCUGGUGAGUUAUGAAAAUUAACUUGUUCUGUAUUAUUCUUUCUUUUAUUCUUUUUGUGCUUAUGUGAUUUACUGUAUUAUCUUACACUGUUAAAAAAUCAAAGGCUUUUCCCUUCUUUGCCUUGGAUUAGUUGCCUAGUAGUUGGCCUGACAUGAUUUCUGUUAUAACAAAUUAGAAAUAAGUUGUACUCAUCGUUUCAGUCAAACUCCCGUCGUUGCUUGUCCCGUAAGGUAGAAAAAAGGAGUAGAUCCUAAUUAGCAGAAUAGUCUGAACACAGCAUUGUGCAUUCUUUGAUAUUUGAUAGAAUAAUGAAGUAAUCUUUGGAUAAUCGAGUCCAUUUGCAGGUUUACAUGAUGAUCAGGUACUUAUGAGUGAUCUUUGCUUCCUUCAAUCAAUUCCAAUGAGGAAGAAGCCGAUGCAUCUCCGGGUGCUUUGAACGUGUUUUAUUAUCGUUGUUCUUGUUAAAUAUUGUAAGCCAAGGAGACGUAUAUUUUUCAUGAUUGAUUAUAUGUAUGAUUUGAGCAUUUUU